UCUUCUCCCACCCAUCUCUCUCUCUCAUCUUCUCUCUCUCCCUCUCUGGCUUUCUCCUUCAAACCCAUUUCUCAUUUCAUCCAAAAUCUGAGAAACCCAACUCGUUCUAUGACAAUCUGCCAUUGAUUUCUUUGGCCAUGAGGAGGGGACGCGGAGCCGCCACUGCGGCUGCCAGAGGAAAUGGGUCGCCGGCCGAGCCCAAUGGAGCCAGACCCAUUAAAGAGGUGAAGUACCGGGGCGUCAGGAAAAGACCGUGGGGAAAAUACGCGGCGGAGAUCCGAGACCCGUAUAAGAAGAGCCGGGUCUGGCUUGGUACCUUCGAGUCCGCCGAGGACGCGGCUCGGGCCUACGACGCCGCCGCCCGGGUCCUCCGCGGACCCAAAGCCAAGACCAAUUUCCCGACCUACUCCAGCCAUUUCUGUUACAACAACCCGACGGAUCCCAACUUCGACGGCAAGUUGUUCGGGUCGGGUUACGGGUUUCAAGACGAUAACCAAAUGGGUCCCGCCAGACCUGCGUCGAGCAGCUUGAGCUCCACCGUGGAGUCGUUUAGCGGGCCGCGGCCGGCGCCGCAGCGGUCGACGACGAUCGUUGCGGCGGAGUCGUCGCGGCGGAAGCAGCCGCGGACGCCGCCGAUGGAUCCGGAGGAUUGCCACAGCGACUGCGACUCGUCGUCCUCGGUGGUUGAGGACGACGGGGAGUUCGCGGCGUCGUCGUCGUUUCGGAAGCCGCUGGAGUUUGAUCUUAAUUUCCCACCGUUGGAUGAGGUCGACGCGGCAGGAGGAGGUGACGGUCAUGAUCUUGGCUGGACGGCUCUGUGCCUCUGAUUACUGAUGAUGACGAUUAUUUGAUGAGCAAGAUGAUCAAUGAUUCCAAUACACUUCUUCCCAAAAAACACACUUCAAACAUCCUUGGUUAAUUUUCGCUUCUUUUUCCUUUUCUUGUUAGAUAAGAUGAAAAUGAUCUUAUUUCUCUGUAUUAUGGCAUUGUGUUUGAUGAGAAUGACCUUUUUAUUUUUCUCAUUUUUAGAGUAGAAACAGAUUAUCAUGAGGAUCUUGAUGUUGUUGUUGUCAAUGUUAUGUAUUAGGGUUUGUAAAAUGUGGGAUCUGGGUUUCUCCAAUCUCCCUAGUUUGUUGUUCACAAAGUUACAUAAAGGCUUAUCUAAUGAGGAAAUGAAGAUUUGAGGCUUUUCUCCUGUUCUGAUUUGGGUACACCUUUAUGCUCUUAUUCAGCUUUCAGUUCCUUUCAUAGCAACUUAUGUGAAGGAUGUAAUGUGGCUCAAUUUGCAUGGGCGGCCUAGGUAGUGGAAGAGCAUAUAAAGCAUAUAGCUUGCAGU